AAAUUAUAUAUAUAAUGUUGAGUGAAUAGAUUGUUUAUCCUGAACCUAAGAUAGCAGUUGAAUUUGAAAAUUAAUUAGUAUGCCACAUUUGCGAUGAUGAACUUGAACGUCCAAAUCAUUGUGAUUUUUGUGGAAAAUCCACCUGUUCUAAUUGCUUGGUUAAGAGAAGAAAACUAAACGAUGAAGUUCUUCAUCCCGUAUGUGAAUACUGUGAACGUAUAUUCCUUGAGCGUAUUCUAAUUCUAAGUGCCAAAAAGUAAAGGGAGGAGCUCGCCAUAUCUUUAGAAUCUGCGAAUGUUGAAUUAGCGAAUAAAAGAUAAUAACUAUAUUCAUUUAAGAAUUUACUUCAUUCCAAUCCAGGUGAAGUUACCUCUGAACAGAAGAUUUAAAAGCUUGAUGAGGAUAUCAUAGAAGCUACAUAUCAAAAGAAUUCAAUAAUAUUACAACUUCAAGAAAUUGAAACUUAGAAAAUCGAACUUAAAUAAUCAAACAUCGAAAAAACUCAGAGUAUCGACAUCAAACAGGUGAAAUUGUAGGAGACUAUCAACAAAGCAUAAAAAUCGAAAGAUGAGUUAGAAGACAUACAAAGAUAAAUUGAUGAAUUUUUAGCUAAUUUACCAAUGCUAGAUGCCGAAUAAAAGUCAGCUCUUACUUAGUUGGAUUUCUCCAAUUAUGAAUAAAUCUUUAGAGGUAGCAAUUUACCUGAGUUGAUGAAUUAAUAAGCAAUUAAAUAGAGCCAAAUUGGAUAGUAGCCUAAUAGCAAGAAGAAACCAGAUCAGAAGGAGGAAUGCAAUAUCUUUUGAAUUAUCUCAAUUAAUUGAUUUAUAAAAUGUUCCACAGUGAAAUUUUU